AUGAAUUUUGAAGAAAGCAUUGACUAUGGUAGGAAGCGCCAAAACGACGGCACGCUGGAGCAUGAUGCAGAAAUGAAGAGGACCACGCCCGACUACUUGGAUACACCAGCCGAAGACAAGCCGGCGGGUAUCGAGCUAGAGGUGACGUCGAGCAUGGUGUCUGGAAACAAUGUCGUCGAAAUCGUCCAAGUCCCCGAGCAAGCCGUUGGACUAGUUAUCGGUCGCGGCGGUGAGCAGGUGGGGCAAAUCCAAGCGUCUUCCGGCGCUCGGGUCCAAAUGGCUCCUGAAGGCCUCGGGGACGGCAUGCGCAGCUGCAGCAUACAGGGAGACAGUCAGGCUGUCGAAAGGGCCAAGCAGAUGAUCAUUGACGUCAUUGGCCGUCAUGGCGAUCGAAUUCAUACUCAACCCAAGGGCUCGUCGCAAAUCACUGAAGAUAUGUUGAUCCCAGCCGACAAAUGCGGACUCAUCAUCGGCAAGCAGGGUGACACAAUUCGACAACUACAGGAGCGCACGGGCAUCCGGAUGGCGCUCGUCCAAAAUGAACAAACGAACCAAGGACAGCCGAAGCCGCUACGCAUGACUGGCACCCCGACGAAGGUGGCCGCUGCCAAGCAGCUGAUCGAAUCGAUGCUCGUCGGAGGGCCGGACGGAAUGCUCCUGAAGACGCGCAUUGUCGAAGCCACUGCCCGUGGCGAGGUGGUCGUCCCGCGCUCUGCUGUCGGAAUGAUCAUCGGACGCAGCGGUGAAACGAUCCGACGAAUAGCGCAAGAAACCGGUGCUCGCAUCCAAUUCCAGCCGGAUGUCAACCCGGCUUCGGGCGAGCGAACGGCUGUCUUGGUCGGAACCAUGGAGAACAUCGAGCGAGCCACCCAGGCCAUCACGCAAUUGGUCAACCGAUCGUUUGCGCAGAGCGGCGAUCAGGGUCCGGAGCUCUUCUACAUGCACGUGCCGGCCUCCAAGACUGGUCAGCUGAUUGGAAAGGGCGGCGAGACGAUCAAACAGAUCAGCGCUGAAUCGGGUGCCCAUUGCCAACUUUCAAACGACCCUCCGCCCAAAGACGACGAGAAGGUGUUCACGAUCAAGGGCACGCCAUAUCAAGUCCACCACGCCAAGCAUCUCAUCCGCAUCAGGGCAAACUACUCGCGCCCAACUACCAACUAUGGAGUUCCACAAAUGGCUGCCGUGAACAAUGGUGCACCCGUGGCUAACUGGAAUCUGGGCUGUCAGCAGCCGCAAGCCGCGAUGUCGAUGGGCAACGUGGGAUGGCAACAGCAGAUGCAACCCUUCUACGGCCAACCCGCGCAAUACGUCACCGCCCCGGCUCCGUACAACACCCCGUCAAUGGUCCAACAGCAGCCGCAAGUGGCACCCAUGCAGCAGCAGCAGCCGGGCACCAUCUACAAUCAGGCGAGCGGACAGCCCGACUACUCGGCUCAAUGGAUCCAAUAUUAUCGCCAGAUGGGCAUGCAUGAUCAGGCGGCCGCCGUCGAGAACCAACUGAAAGCCCUCCGAGCCACACAACCGCAA